CGCGCUCUCGUGCAUAUUUCAUAUUUAAUCUGAUGGAAUCAAAUACUGUACAUGGUAAGUACGCGUUGUCUCGGUCAUAUUUCACUUUGUGCUUCACCGGAUGGCACAUUCAAGUUUCUGAACGACAACAUCAGCUAAAUGAAUUGAAAAAUAUAUACUUUGAUACAUAAAUUGGCUUAUUCACACGGUAAGUAAUGUAAAAGAACACAACUGCUUGGCAAUUAUUUUCAAUGAGUAAACUUUUCUUCUCCGUGCACUUUGGAUAACUUGUUUAGAUGUUUCUGGAAAGUUACAAAGGCAGCAAGGAUCUUUUAAAUGUGCAUUAGGAAUUGAAAGGCGGCCUCACCUUAUUGUCAUGAAAAUACAUUUGUGCGCAUUGGUUACCCGUUCAGGGCCACUUCCUAAAUCUCCAUGAGAAGAAGAGGACCCCCCCCCCCACCCCCUCUAUAAGCAUCCCGGUAGGGAACCCAGCAGGUUUAUGCUAAUUACCUCCUCAAGGAGGAGGAGGGUGUGGAGGAGGCAAGCAGCGGAGCCAUUUUGUGCUCAUUUCUCAUUUGAAACGACGCAGCCCCGGAGUGCGCUCCGUGGAUCCCACUGACACCAUGGAUACGCUGGGACUUUUUCCACGUUAAAAAACUUUCAACAUGAAGGCUAAAAGUCGAACGCGACUCCGGGAGUGGGAGAGCUGCCUCGGAUGAGUUUGACCGCAGUUCACUGGGAUUUGUUACAUUGCCAAGCAUGGUGCCGUGGAGCGCGUGGAUUUGGGUUUGCGUCCUGUUCAACGCGCCCUCCGCGGCGUGCUUGGAGCUUCACCUCACGGAGUAUUUGCUACCCGGGACCGUCUUGGCGAACCUGUCCGUCGGACCGGGCUGGACGCACAAACUUGACAGGGAUUUAUCUCCCGAACCCACACGGAGUCUUUUCCGAGUCGGGCAGCAGAGCGGAGUUAUUGAACUGUCCCGAACUGUGGAGUGUGCGCGCACGCGUCGGAACCCCGCGCCCGUGCACUUCAGAAGCACCUCGUUGACUUCUGGUGAUGAGAUCUUAACGCGUUUGAACGUGUUCGUCCACGGACAGGACUGCUUCAUCAAAUACAAGAGAAAGACGUUGUUUCACAGUACGCCCGACAUCCACAUGAAGCGCAAUUUAAAUCUGGAGGAAACUCCCUGCCUCCUCGCAAGUGAUUUGCUGUUCAAUGUUGCAGAACUUUUGCCCGCUUUAACAAGGAGCGCAAACUUUUUGGACACACUGUGCGUAGGACAACAUUUUGCUGCACUCUUUAGACACGGAGCUUUGUUUCUAGCUGAUGACUUGUGUUCUGAUAACGUGAAAACCCGGCCCGAAGUGGAUUUAGAAUGUCCCCUGCACACCUCUGAAGGCAGCCGGCUAAACCUGCAGCUCACGUUGCGGUUUGGAAAAGUGCCUGGAGAUGGAUCCGUAUCGGAAUCCCUUGCUGGAAACACUGGUGAGUCUCCGCGAAGAGGGAAGCGACAAGUGAACGCGUCGCCGCAGUUCCAGCUCCUCAACUACCAAGUGUCCGUGCCUGAAAAUGAGCCAGCUGGGACACAAGUCAUCAGCCUCAAAGCCAGCGACCCAGAUGAUGGCGAAGCAGGGAGGCUGGAGUACGCCAUGGAAGCCUUGUUUGACAGCAGGUCCAAUGACUAUUUCACAAUCGACUCUCAGACGGGCGGCAUCACAACCAUUCAGGCAUUGGACAGAGAAGUCAAAGACACUCAUGUCUUCAAAGUGACUGUUACCGAUAACGGCACACCGAGAAGAUACGCCACCUCUUACCUGACUGUCACUGUGAGCGACACCAACGAUCACAGCCCCGUGUUUGAGCAGACAGAAUACAGAGUUAGUAUACGGGAGAAUGUCGAAGUGGGGUUUGAAGUCAUGACCAUUCGGGCCAACGAUGAAGAUGCCCCCGCUAACGCGAACAUGAUCUAUAAAAUUGUCAACGGUGACGGCGUCAACUCUGUCUUUGAGAUCGACACUCGGAACGGCCUGGUGAGAAUCCGAGAGCGUCCCGACAGGGAGACCAGGGCCCAGUACCAGCUGAUAGUGGAGGCCGACGACCAGGGCAAAGAGCCGGGUCCCCGCCGGGCCACCGCCACCGUCCACAUCACUGUCGAGGACGAGAAUGACAACUACCCUCAAUUCAGCGAGAAGAGGUACGUCGUGCAGGUUCCAGAGAACGUGGCCAUCAACACCAAAGUCAUUCAAGUGGAGGCGACGGACAAAGACGAGGGCAACAAUGCUAAAGUUCAUUACAGCAUCAUCAGCGGCAAUGUCAAAGGUCAGUUCUACAUUCAUUCCCCUACCGGCGUGAUCGAUGUGAUCAACCCUCUGGACUAUGAAAUGGUUCGGGAGUAUAAUCUGAGGAUUAAGGCACAGGAUGGCGGCAGACCCCCGCUGAUUAACGGCACCGGGAUGGUGGUGGUGCAAGUGGUGGACGUGAACGACAACGCUCCCAUGUUUGUCAGUACACCUUUCCAGGCAACCGUUUUGGAGAGCGUUGCCGUCGGCCACUCCGUCAUUCACAUUCAAGCCGUCGAUGGCGAUUCGGGGGAGAACGCCCGGCUGGAAUAUCGGCUGACCGACACCGUUCCCGGUUUUCCGUUCGCCAUCAACAACAGCACCGGGUGGAUUACAGUCAGUGAAGAACUGGACCGGGAGACCACCGAGUUCUACAGCUUCGGCGUGGAAGCGAGGGAUCACGGCAUUCCCGUCAUGUCGUCGUCGGCCAGCGUCACCAUCACGGUGCUCGACGUUAAUGACAACGUGCCCACUUUCACGGAGAAAGUCUACUCGCUGAAGAUCAACGAGGACGCCGUCGUGGGGACAAGCGUGCUGACGGUGACCGCCAUCGAUCGGGAUGUCAACAGUGUGGUGACCUACCAGAUCUCCAGCGGCAACACCAGAAACCGCUUCGCCAUCACGAGCCAGAGCGGCGGCGGGCUCGUCACUCUUGCCCUCCCCCUGGACUACAAACAGGAGCGCCAGUACGUGUUGACGGUCACGGCCAGCGACGGAACCCGAUCGGACUCUGCGCAGGUGUUUAUCAACGUGACGGACGCCAACACGCAUCGGCCCGUCUUCCAAAGCGCCAACUACCAGGUGAUGCUCAGCGAGGAGCAACCGGUGGGAUCCACCGUGGUGACGAUUAGCGCCACGGAUGAAGACACGGGAGAAAAUUCUCGCAUCACCUACAUUAUGGAGGACAGCGUCCCUCAGUUUAAAAUAGACCCAGAUACCGGUGCCAUCACGACCCAAAUGGAGAUUGACUACGAGGACCAGGCUUCCUUCACCUUGGCCAUCAUCGCCAAAGACAACGGAAUCCCUCAGAAAUCCGACACCACCUACGUGGAGAUCAUCAUCCUGGACGCCAAUGACAAUGCUCCUCAGUUCCUUCGAGACGUCUACCAGGGGAGCGUGUUUGAAGACGCGCCCAUCUACACCAGCGUCCUCCAGAUUUCUGCUUCCGAUCGAGAUUCCGGCUCGAAUGGGAGACUGAGCUAUACGUUCCAGGGUGGCGAUGACGGAGAUGGGGAUUUUUUCAUUGAGCAGUAUUCUGGCAUUAUCAGAACUUCUCGCAAACUAGACCGGGAGAACGUUCCUGUUUACGACCUUAAGGCCUUUGCUGUGGACAGGGGAGUGCCGCCUUUAAAAGCGGCAGUUCCCAUCCAUGUGGUUGUUCAGGACAUCAACGACAACGCUCCGGUGUUCGAAAAGGAUGAGCUUUUCAUCGACGUGCAGGAAAACAUUCCCGUCGGGUCCGUCGUGGCCCGGAUUACGGCAAUGGACCCCGACGAGGGCACCAAUGCUCAGAUCAUGUACCAAAUAGUUGAAGGGAACUUUCCAGAGAUCUUCGAGUUGGACAUUUUCAACGGCGACCUCAUUUCCCUCAUCGACCUCGAUUAUGAGACCAAAACGGAGUACGUCAUUGUGGUGCAGGCCACCUCGGCGCCGCUCGUCAGCCGGGCGACCGUCCACAUUCGCCUGACGGACAUGAAUGACAACCUGCCGGUGCUGAGCGACUUUGACAUCAUCUUCAACAACUACAUCACCAACAAGUCCAACAGUUUUCCAUCUGGAAUAAUCGGGAGAGUGCCGGCUCAUGACCCGGACGUGUCGGAUAAGUUGCGGUACACGUUUGAAUCUGGAAACGAGCUCCGUCUGCUCCUACUCAACGAGGACACGGGGCAUCUGCGGCUCAACAAGGCCCUGGACAAUAACAGGCCGCUGGAGGCGCCCAUGAUCAUCUCCGUCACCGAUGGCGUCCACACCACCUCGGCCCUCUGCACACUCCGCGUCACCAUCAUCACCGACGACAUGCUCACCAACAGCAUCACGGUGCGCCUGGAGAACAUGUCGCAGGAGCGCUUCCUGUCGCCCUUGCUCGGCCUCUUCGUGGACGGCGUGGCGGCGGUGCUCUCCACCAGGCGCGAGGCCGUCUUCGUCUUCAACAUCCAGAACGACACCGACGUGCAGGGCUCCAUCCUCAACGUCACCUUCUCGGCCAUGCAGCCCGGGGGAGGGCCCGGCGCGGGGACCUUCUUUCCUUCGGAGGAACUGCAGGAGCAGAUCUACCUGAACAGGACUCUGCUCAGGCUCAUUUCGUCUCAGGAGGUUUUGCCGUUCGACGACAACAUUUGCCUUCGCGAGCCCUGCGAGAACUACAUGAAGUGCGUGUCCGUGCUCAAGUUCGACAGCUCGCCCCCGUUCAUCGCGUCCGACACGGUUCUGUUCCGCCCCAUCCACCCCAUCAACGGGCUGCGCUGUCGCUGCCCCGUCGGCUUCGCCGGCGACUACUGCGAGACGGAGAUCGACCUUUGCUACUCGGGGCCGUGCGAGAACAACGGUCGCUGUCGCAGCCGAGAGGGCGGCUACACCUGCGAGUGCCUGGAAGACUUCACCGGCGAACACUGCGAGGUGAACGCCUCGUCGGGUAGCUGUGUCCCAGGCGUGUGCAAGAACGGCGGCGAAUGCGUGAACCGGCUCGCCGGCGGUUUCGUGUGCCAUUGUAUGCCCGGCGAGUACGAGAAGCCUUACUGCGAGAUGACCACACGCAGCUUCCCCGGACAGUCCUUCGUCACCUUCAGGGGUCUGCGGCAAAGGUUCCACUUUACCGUCUCGCUCAUGUUUGCGACAAGGGAACGAAAUGCCCUGCUGCUCUACAACGGCCGAUUCAACGAAAAACACGACUUCAUCGCUUUGGAAAUCGUCGACGAGCAGAUUCAACUCACCUUCUCUGGAGGUGAGACGAAGACCACCGUGUCCCCCUUCAUCUCGGGCGGCGUCAGCGAUGGCCAGUGGCAUUCCGUGCAGCUCCAUUACUACAACAAGGACGGGGGGAGUCUGCUGGACUCCAGCGGGCUUCUGCGGCUCCCGCUCUAUACUGCCUGGCUGGAGCUUACGCAGAAGGAGCCAAACAUCGGGCGCCUGGGGAUCCCCCACGGACCCUCCGGGGAGAAAGUGGCAGUGGUUGCCGUGGACGACUGCGACAUCUCCAUGGCGAUCCGCUUCGGGAAGCAGAUUGGGAACUACUCGUGCGCCGCCCAGGGAACACAGACCGGACAGAAAAAAUCGCUGGACUUGACGGGACCGCUCUUGCUCGGUGGCGUCCCCAACUUGCCCGAGGACUUCCCGGUUCGAAAUCGAGACUUUGUGGGCUGCAUGAGGAACCUGAGCAUCGACAGCAGGGCCGUCGACAUGGCUAGCUACAUCGCCAACAACGGCACAACGGCAGGGUGCCCGGCGAAGAGAAACUUCUGUACACCCAGCGUGUGUAUGAACGGGGGAGUGUGUGUCAGCAAGUGGAACACGUACAGCUGCGACUGCCCCACUGGAUAUGGCGGCAGGAACUGCGAACAAGUGAUGCCGUCGCCUCAGUUCUUUGACGGUAAGGCGCUGGUGUCGUGGAGCGAGCCGGACGUCACUAUCGCCAUCCCCUGGUACAUGGGCCUCAUGUUCCGGACGCGGCAACCGGCCGGCACUUUGAUGCAAGCCAACGCCGGCCCCUCCUCCACCAUCAGCCUCAUGGUGAGUGAGCAACAGGUGAGAAUGGAAGUACUGCAAACGGAACAGAUGGUGGCGUCCCUGAGCUUUCCGCAAGUUCGGGUCAACGACGGGGAGUGGCACCACCUGCUGGUGGAGCUGAGAAGCGUGAAGGACGGCAAGGCACUCAGAUACGUGGCCGCCGUUUCCUUGGACCACGGGAUGUACAAGCAGAAGUCAGUGGUGAUUGGCAACGACCUGCCGGGUUUGAAGCUCCAAACUCUUCAUGUCGGCGGUUUGCCGGGGGAGGGCAACCACGUCAGGAAAGGAUUUGUUGGCUGCAUUCAGGGAGUCCGCAUGGGCGAGACGUCCACCAACGUGGCCAACGUGAUCAUGUCUCGCGGCCUGAAGAUCCGCGUGGAGGAGGGCUGCGACCUGGCCGACCCGUGCGACGCCAACAUCUGCCCCGAGAACAGCCACUGCAACGACGAUUGGAGCACGCACACGUGCGUGUGCGACCCAGGCUAUUUUGGAAAAGACUGCGUGGACGCCUGUCAGCUCAACCCGUGCGAGCAUGUUUCCACCUGUGCUCGCAAGCCCAGUUCCUCUCACGGCUAUACCUGUGAAUGCGGACAAAACUACUACGGACAGUAUUGCGAAAAUAAGGUGGAGAAGCCGUGUCCUCAGGGCUGGUGGGGCAGUCCCGUGUGCGGCCCCUGCGGCUGCGACACCAGCAGGGGAUUUCAUAGCGACUGCAACAAGACGACGGGAGAGUGUCGCUGCAAGGAGAACCACUACCAGCCGGAAGGAGAAAACACCUGCUAUCCGUGUGACUGCUUCUCUGUCGGCUCUGAGCGCCGAACCUGCCACCCGCUCACCGGCCAGUGCCCCUGCAAGGGCGGCAUCAUCGGCCGCCAGUGCAACCGCUGCGAUAACCCCUUUGCUGAGGUCACGCCCAACGGAUGCGAAGUGGUGUAUGAAGGCUGCCCCAAAGCGUUUGACGCCGGCAUCUGGUGGCCCAAAACCAAGUUCGGCCGCCCGGCCGCCAUGAACUGUCCCAAAGGAUCUAUUGGUACCGCCAUUCGACACUGCAGUGACGAGAAAGGCUGGUUGUCGCCCGAGCUGUUCAACUGCACCGCCGCCUCCUUCGCUCAGCUCACCAAACUGAACGAAGACCUCCGUCGAAACGGCUCCAGGAUGGACGGCGAGCGCUCUGGUAGCAUCGUGCGCUCGCUCCGCGGCGCCACCGGCGACGUCAGGGGUUACUACGGCAACGACUUGAAGACGGCCGCUCAGCUGCUCAACCACGUGCUGCGCUACGAGAGCCGGCAGGCGGGAUUCGAACUCGCUGCGGCGAGGGAUGCGGAAUUCAACGAGAAUUUGGUUCGAGCUGGAAGUGCCAUACUGGACCCGGACACGAAAGCGCACUGGGAGCAAAUCCAGAAGACAGACGGCGGCACUGCCCACCUGCUCCGGAAUUUUGAGGACUACGCAAACACUCUUGCGCGGAACGUGAGGAAAACCUACCUCAAACCCUUCACCAUUGUGACGGACAACAUGAUAUUUUCCGUGGACUACCUGGACGUGACGGACCCCCGUAAGGCGACGUUCCCCCGCUUCCACGACAUUGAGGAGGAAUACCCGGAAGAGCUCGAGUCCUCUGUGCACUUCCCGCACUUCAACCUCCAACGCCAGUGGCAGCGAGCGGACCCCACUACGGCGCCCGCAGCCCAGACCGGGACCCCCCCGAUGGAGGUUCACACAUCGUAUGACAGGAGCCGUCGCCACCUCGUGCCAGCUGUCCAUCUCCCGGUUGCCGUGGUGAUAGUGUACAAGUCACUGGGGACGCUGCUUCCGGAAAGAUUUGACCCGGAUCGCAGAAGUCUAAGGGUCCCGAACCGCCCGGUGAUCAACACGGCAAUCGUCAGCGCCGCUGUACACAGCGAGGGUCCCCCUCUCCCGUUGAUUUUGGACCCUCCCAUUACCCUGGAGUACUCACUGCUGGAGACGGAGGAGAGGACCAAGCCCGUUUGCGUCUUCUGGAACCACUCCAUUGCGAUCGGAGGGACGGGCGGUUGGUCCUCCAAAGGCUGCGAGGUGCUUGAGAGGAACAACAGCCACAUUAGCUGUCAGUGUAACCACAUGACCAGUUUCGCCGUGCUCAUGGACGUUUCCAAAAGAGAGCACGGCGACGUUCUCCCCCUGAAGAUCGUCACCUACGCCACGGUGUCCGUCUCCCUGUUUUUGCUCCUGCUCACCUUGAUCCUGCUGUGCCUGCUGCGCCGGCUGCGCUCCAACCUCCACGUCAUCCACAGGAACCUGGUGGCGGCGCUCUUUUUUUCCGAGCUCGUCUUCCUCCUCGGCAUCAAUCAGACGGACAACCCGUUCGUGUGCACAGUCAUAGCCAUCCUCCUGCACUACUUCUACAUGUGCACCUUUGCGUGGAUGUUCGUGGAGGGUCUGCACAUCUACCGCAUGCUGACGGAGCUGCGCAACAUCAACCACGGCCACAUGAGGUUCUACUACGCCAUGGGCUGGGGCAUUCCGGCGAUCAUCACCGGCUUGGCCGUCGGCCUGGACCCGCAGGGUUACGGGAACCCCGAUUUUUGUUGGCUGUCCGUGCACGACACGCUCAUUUGGAGCUUUGCGGGACCCAUAUUUGUCGUGGUUUUGGUGAACAUUGUGAUCUUUAUCUUGGCCGCGAAGGCUUCCUGUGGUCGCAGGCAGAAGGCGGUUGAGAAGUCAGGCGCGAUCCCAGCUCUUCGCAUGGCCUUCCUGCUGCUGCUGCUCAUCAGCGCCACCUGGCUGCUGGGCCUGAUGGCGGUCAACAGCGACGUGCUGACCUUCCACUACCUGUUUGCCGGCUUCAGCUGUCUGCAGGGCAUCUUCAUCUUCUUCUUCCACAUCAUCUUCAACAAAGACGUGAGGAAGCAUCUCAAGAACGUCUUCACGGGGAAGAAGAACUUCGCCGAGGAGACAACCGCCACGCGGGCCUCUUUGCUCACACGCUCCCUGAACUGCAACAACACGGACGACGGGCACGUGUACUGUGCCGCCAUGGGCGAGUCCACCGUCUCCUUGGACAGCACGCUCAGGUCAGGAAAGAGCCGCAGCAGCUACCGGGCUUACGCACUCUGGAGGUACAGCACGCCCACUGACCGCAUGGCUGCUUCCACUUAAGUCUCUCUGCGCAUGCUUGUUUCACAAUCACUUAACACGACAUUGCUCUGUGAUGCAUCCCCCAACUCUUGACAAAUGUCCCUUCAAUUAUUUUUCUCUGUGAUCAGAUCUGUUAAGUGAGCCAGGGCACUCGUUCAGCAGCUUCAGAGGGGUUUAACAGGUCUUGGAUUAGGCCCGUGCUCGUAAAUCUGUCGUCGGGGUAAUAUGAGCUGACCCCGAGGUUAAAGGA